AUGACCUCAAAAUUAUUUGCAUGGUCGUGCCGUCUUGGUGUUCUUGGCGUACUCGGAGCGGCGGUGAACUAUAAAUACACUUAUGAGAAUAUACCAAAAAAUAUAACACAGACAACCUCUUCUCUUACGGAAUUUUCAAAAAGCAGUAACAGAGAAUUUUACGAUGUUGCUGUAGUGGGAGGUGGAAUCGUUGGUGUGGCCACUGUACGAGAAAUACGAAAACAAUUCCCUUCAAAACGUGUUAUUUUACUGGAGAAGGAAGCUGAUGUGGCGCAGCAUCAAUCCAGUCAUAACAGUGGUGUUGUGCAUGCAGGUAUGUAUUAUCCACAGAACUCACUCAUGGCUCGUUUGUGUCCGAGAGGUCAUGAUCUUAUGAUGGAGUACUGUAAAAAAAAUAAACUUCCUUGUGAACGUGUUGGAAAAAUUAUUGUCGCAUCAAAAGAAGCUGAAAUUCCUUUAAUUGAAAAAUUAUACAAACAAGGUGUGGAUAAUGGUGUACGAGAAUUAAAGAUGCUUCGAAGUGAGGAAGAAAUUAAGGCGAUAGAACCAAAUGUAAAAGGUGUAUCGGCUUUAUAUUCACCAGAUACAGCCAUUGCAGAUUUUAGUGCAGUAGCACGUCACAUGUUAAAAGAACUACAAACUUCUGCACAUGGUUUCUUUAAUACACAAUUUCGUUUUGAAGCAUUAGACUUUGUGGGAUUAUCCGUGCGAAACCCUACAAAGGAUGUGCCAGAGGAAAUGGUUCUUAUUCGUGGUCGUGAGGAAGGUCAGCUUGGACCUGAAAAAGUUAUUGUAACCAAAAACGUGAUCACAUGCUGUGGACUAUCUAAUGAUCUUCUUGCUCGUCGCUCUGGUAAUGUACUGGGCCGUAUUGGUAAACGAGUGUCGCAGACAUUCAGUUUCCGCGGUCGUUAUUAUCAAUUGAAGCCGGAGGCACGUGGACUUGUUUCUAUGAAUGUGUAUCCCGCCCCGGAUGACUCCAAGGGCCUCAGUGUGGGUGUUCACUUUACACCAACGGUGGAUGAACGACGUGGACAUCAAGUUAUUAUUGGACCUGGAUCGGCAAUUACAACACACCGCUACGGCUAUUCCCCAUAUUGUUUUGAUGUUGAAUACUGCUGGAACUCCAUGUUUAGCAAGGGAGGAUGGGUGAGUCUCAUGUCUAAUUUCGUUACGGUGUUCAAGACAUUCCGGGUGGAUGCUAGUCGAAGUGCUUUUAUUCACGAAGCCCGCAAGUUGGUGCCCUCCUUGAAAGACUCCGAUGUGGAAGACAGUUUCUGUGGAGUCAUGGGUGUUGCCGUGACGGAGAAUGGAACACUGGAAAUGGAUCUCGCCAUGGAACUUUCACGACCUCGCACAAUGAUUCCAACAACCGUAAAGCCUAAUCACAUGGUUGAAGUGGUAACGGAUGAAACAGCAGAAAGGUUAGUAAAAGAUAAUGGGAAUAAACCACUUAUUCUUAAUGUACGUAAUGCACCCAGUCCUGCCGCAACCGCAUCUAUGGCUAUUGCAGAAGAUAUUGUGGCAUGUGCCAAAGAAAACUUUAAAUGGUAA